GGGCUGAGGGGCGGCGGGGCGGGGAGCAGGGAGGCAUGGCGCGACCCGACGACGACGAGGGCCCGGCCGUGGCGCCCGGGCACCCCAAGGGAUACCUUCCGGUGCCGAGGGGCGCCCCGGCCGGGGAGGCGCGCGCGGAGCCGCACGCCGGGCCCGAGGCGCUGAACGGAGGCCCCGGGCUCGCCCCCGGCGCCGCGGGAGCCCCGGGCGGGCCGCGAGCCCUGCUGGCGGAGGAGACCCAGGCCCGGCUGCUGCCUGCGGGCGCCGGGGAGGACGCGCCGGGCCCCGCGCGCCCCCGGCGCACGGCGCUGUCGCCGCGGCGCUUCGUGGUGCUGCUCAUCUUCAGCCUGUACUCGCUGGUGAACGCCUUCCAGUGGAUCCAGUACAGCAUCAUCAGCAACGUGUUCGAGGGCUUCUACGGCGUGUCGGCGCUGCACAUCAACUGGCUGUCCAUGGUGUACAUGCUGGCCUACGUGCCCCUCAUCUUCCCCGCCACCUGGCUGCUGGACACGCGAGGCCUGCGGCUCACGGCGCUGCUGGGCUCCGGCCUCAACUGCCUGGGCGCCUGGGUCAAGUGCGGCAGCGUGCAGCGGCACCUCUUCUGGGUCACCAUGGUGGGCCAGAGCCUGUGCUCCGUGGCCCAGGUCUUCAUCCUGGGCCUGCCCUCCCGCAUCGCCUCCGUGUGGUUUGGACCCAAGGAGGUGUCGACGGCUUGUGCCACGGCAGUGCUGGGCAAUCAGCUUGGAACUGCAGUUGGCUUUCUGCUGCCCCCCGUUUUAGUGCCCAACACGCAGAAUAGCACAGACCUGGCUCAUAACAUCAACACCAUGUUUUACGGAACAGCAUUCAUCUCCACGUUUUUGUUUUUUUUAACAGUAAUUGCAUUCAAGGAAAAGCCUCCCUUCCCACCGAGUCAGGCUCAGGCACUGCUUCAAGACAGCCCCCCUGCAGAGUACUCCUACAAGACUUCCAUCUGGAGCCUGUUCAGAAACAUACCUUUUGACCUCCUGCUGGUCAGUUACGGUAUCAUGACGGGAGCAUUUUAUUCAGUUUCAACAUUAUUAAAUCAAAUGAUACUGGAAGAUCAUAAGGGAGAAGAAGUGAAUGCUGGGAGGAUUGGGCUAACGCUAGUGGUAGCUGGAAUGGUGGGCUCUAUUCUUUGUGGCUUAUGGCUGGAUUACACCAAAACCUACAAGCAGACAACUCUGACAGUGUACAUUCUGUCGUUCUUUGGGAUGCUCAUAUUUACUUUCACGCUGAAGCUCAAUUACAUCAUUGUGGUGUUUGUUACUGGUGGGAUCCUGGGCUUCUUCAUGACUGGUUACCUUCCCCUGGGCUUUGAGUUUGCUGUUGAGAUCACAUACCCCGAGUCUGAGGGCACAUCCUCUGGGCUCCUCAACGCUUUCGCACAGAUAUUUGGAAUUUUGUUUACAUUGGCUCAAGGACAGAUCAUGUCAGACUAUGAUACAAGGGCAGGAAACCUUUUCCUCUGUGCCUGGAUGUUCUUAGGCAUCAUUUUAACAGCACUGAUCAAGUCUGACCUGAGAAGACACAACAUAAACAUGGGGCUUAGAAACGGUGACGUUAAAGCUGUGCCAGAUGACAGUCCGAUAGACGAAAAACCAAAAGUGAUGAUGUCUCCACAGCCGGAAUCUUCACUCUGAAGAGGAAGUGGCUGCCCCAGCAUGGGCCGUGGCAUCAUCUUAGGGCAGCUGUGUGAGCAGUGAGGACACCUACUUGAAAACUACUGGAUGAACUCCGAAUAUUAUUUUUUAAGUUAAUUUAAGCAAUCCUUUGCUUAAAACACCCUUGCUUACAUCUUGUUAACACUGCCGUUCCUCUAAUACUGUCUAUUUUCAGUUGUGUACUGUGUACCUGAAAGCAAUGUUUUUUUCAGGAUGCUUUGUUUUUUAUGGAGACCUAGUUCGUGUGUGGCAUGGAAGAGUAUGCAGUUCACACAUGAACAUGUCUGGUACAUUCCCAGUUGGCUCUCAUCCUGCUGUGCUGACCACAUCAGGUGUCACAGUGUGAGUGCCGAAUACCAUCAGGAAGGACUGCCUCACCCAAGACAGGGCUGAGAUGAGAGUCCACAGGAGCCCGCAGACCUCUCCCACAUCUCACACGCUUGUGAUACGGUGUGUUGUGAGACAUUCUGUCCCCCCCAGCACACACAAAAAGCAGUUGUGUGCACAGACCAAGUCCGUUACGCUGUGUUAGUUAAGGAGCUGAGGCACAGAGAUAAUCUGGAGGUCCCCUCUGUGCUGCCUUCAUACACGUAAAUGCUAAUGCUGUAUUUCCAGUGUGACUUCAAAUAGCAGCUCUAUGCCUGUUGUCCAUUUUUAUAGAAAAUCUGUGCUAUGGGCUAGCUCAUGGUUUCUUGUAUCACAUCUGUGUUUUGCCUUUGAUAAGGAAGUCUAGGAUAGCUCCCGAAGGCCCACAUGUCUCCACUCUGCGGAGAGCCCUGGAAACGCUAGCUGCUGUGUCUGCACGGUCGUUUCUCUGACCGCUGUCCUAAGGAAGACCAGCCCUGGCACGCGCUCUGUGAGGACUGGGAGGGGCAGUCAUCACUCUGGGCUCCGUAACUGCGCGCGCAGGACUAGGAGAGUGGGACCAAGUGUGUUUUCACAGUGCCUCCCACUGUGUCUCGUUUACAGUGAGAAUCAAAUGUCAUUGAUGUUCUGACUCCAAGAUCGUAGUCAUGACAUUUGAUUAAACAUAAUAUUUACAUUAUGUAACUUUGUAAAUUUUACACAACAAUUACGUAAUAUAUAAAAAUGCACACAGGAAAGGCAAUCAUGUAGUGAAUGUGCUUGGAGCAAAUGCAGCCUUGAUUUAGGCAAAAUAUGCAUUGAGUUAUCUUGAUAUUAUUCUCUUUCAUCAAAUUACUAUAAAUUAUGUGGAAUCUGACACUGGAAAAUGUAUUGAAAGAAUCUAAUAUCACUCAGGGUCAGGAAUUCUGGUUUUGUGUCCUCAUGUGUUUCUGCCAUGGUAACUCUGGACACAUCAUUUAACUUCUAAAAUAAUACAUUCAUUUUGAUCUAAAAGAUCUUUUUAAAAUAGCCAUUCAUCAUGGAGUAGACAAAAUCACUGUACCACAGGAACUUAGAAAUCUAGCUAGAAGCUGGUACUGGUGGCACAAGCCUUUAAUCCCAGCACUCUCGAGACAAGCAGGCGGAUCUCCGUUCUAGGUUAGCCUAGUCUACAGAGUGAGUUCCAGGACAGCAAGGGCAACACAGAAAAACCCUGUCUCAAAAAACCAAAUAAAUAAAUAAAAGAAAUCUAGCUAGAGAAAAAUUCCGUGGAAAAUUGAAUAAACAAUUAUGAUUGCCCCUGUGUAGAGAUGGGGUACUUUCCAGGAUCUUUUUAAUGUUUUUAGUCAGUUUGUAGUAGUUCAGGCAGAAUCUGCAUCAUCAGUAACUUCUUGUCACAGGUUAAAAUGACCAAAAGUACAGUCUUCCUCAACUGUUUGUGUUUUUAAAUUGACAGUGUUGUUUACAGUGGUCGUAUACAUGUCAGUUCCCGAAGCCUUGAACAACCAACAGGUAAAAGUUGCAACACUUAAUGUCUGAAAAGUGUGUACAUGUUUUGUUUGCCAUUGUUUAGAAAAGGGAGAAAGUAUGACAUAGUAAUGCAAAAUGAAUUGAUGUUUUCAUAUUUAAGUAAAUGUUAUGUCAUUGUUUCAGAAGUAGUAAUUGCCACUGUCGGCUUUAGUCAGUUGGUUUCAGAAGCUAUCACAUCUGUAAAUGUUGUGACAUGGCUUCUGUCUUUUGAGAAUGUUGGAGGAAUGUCUUUGAAAAUGUGUUAGAAACUGGAUGUCUGAUGUCUUCAUUCCUGUUCUUAUUUUUGCUAUUUUUUAUAAUUUCUCUAUGUGCUUGUUCUUCAUUAUUUCAUACUUAAAAUAAAUAUAUUUUUUUAAUGCUAA